AAACCAACACCUUAUCUUUGUUUACAACGUAGUGCAGCGGAGAACACGUCGGAGGACGUAGCACCUGUCUUUAUCUUUAUCUCUUUAUAUCUGUAUCCGUAUCCGUCAGAAGCAGUCAUGGUGGCCAUGACGAAGCGACUGAAAACCUUCCAGAUUGUAUUUACGGAUCCCAGCAAGACUUUCUACUGCGGCGGGGACAAGGUGUGUGGCCGGAUCGAGGUGGAAGUGAACGAGGUGACGCGUGUGUCCGCGGUGAAGGUCCGGGGUCUGGGCUGCGCCAAGGUGGAAUACGCUAAAGGCAAGCAGCGGUGUCGACAGGAGGCAGAGUACCUCCGAUACGAGCAGGUCCUGCAGCUGGACGACCAGCCCACAGACUCUGAUGGAUCGGUCGUCUUGAGGCCUGGCAACAAAUACGACUACACCUUUGGAUUUGAGCUCCCACAGCAAGGGCAGCUGGUGUCAUCAUACAAGGGGAAGUUUGGCUAUGUGCAGUACUAUGUGAAGGCCCUGAUGGAGAGGCCACACCAGCCCACCCUGGAGUGCAAGAAACCCUUUGAGGUGGAAGAGCCCCUGGAUGUCAACACCCCAGACUUGUUGUCUCCCACAGGUGGUAUGAAGGAGAAGAAAGUCACCUGCAUGUUCAUCCCCGAUGGCCAGGUGUCACUGAAUGCUAAGAUUGAUCGCCGUGGCUUCUGUGAAGGUGAAGACAUCUGUAUCAAUGCAAAGUUUGAGAACACCUGCUCGCGUAUUGUGGUGCCUAAGGCUGCUAUCAUCGCCAAACACAUCUACCAGGCCAAUGGUCGCACCAAGGUCUUCCGCCAGAAGCUGUCCUCAGUGCGUGGGAACCACAUCAUCUCUGGCAUGUGUGAUGCCUGGCAGGGAAAGACUAUCCGGGUGCCAAAGAUCAAACCAUCAAUACUGGGUUGCAACAUUAUCCGUGUGGAGUAUGCUCUGAUGAUUUAUAUCCACAUCCCUGGAAGUGAGAAACUGAUCCUGGAGCUGCCACUGGUUAUUGGGACCGCCGGUCUGGGUAGCCGCAGCAACAGCGUGAGCAGCCAGGAAGGUUCAGUCAGUAAUGCCUCUCAGAGCUGGGUGUCCCUCAGGAUGCCCUCUGAGCCUCCCAGCUACUCUGACAUCACCAGUGACUGCCGCCUGGACCAGCCCCUCACGCCACUCUUAGACGACUUUGAUGGAGAUGAGAGCCCCAUCUUCAUGACCGCACCAUCCUUCAACUUCCCGCCACCUCCAGUAUACACUGAGGUUGAGGAGGAGUUCAGUGGCAGUGCCCGCAUGCUGCCUGUCUGCUGAGGUCCAGCAGGGAUCAUGAGACUGGUCCAGCUCUCAGGGACUGUUCAUGUAAGGCACUUACAAAAGAGCAAAAGGUCCAAACUCCAGAAGAGAUCUGUCGGAUGGAGAAGUAAAGCCACAACGGUGGAGGUGGACAGAGGGAUGCUCACCUGUUCUAUAAGCUGUCUUCACCUUGCUUCAUCACUAAGAUGAUUGUCCAUCUUCCUCCUGGUGCUCUUCAGGUCGUAGAUGUGGAGGUGUGGCCACAGAGCCUGUGACCCCUACACUUCUGAAUAAGCUGUCCCUUCCAGAGACUCAAACUGUCAGGGUCUCACUGUUCAUUCGCAGUCACCUUAUGACUGUAUAAUUACUGGGGCCAAGCGUUGCAUGUGUCAGCCCCCAGCCUGCUGUGACAUCUUAUGCUUUUUCGGGGCUCAUGCUUUCCUCAUAAUGAUUUGUCAUUCCACUUUAACCCUUCACUUUAGGGGUUUCACAUGAGAAACUGUUGUAUUUGUCAUUUAAAACCAGUCAAUUUGUUACUCUAAAGAAUUUAUCAGAAAUAACAGCAUGUAAAACAAUUCUCUUUGAAUCUCAUGCGGCAUCUAUAUAUCUCAUUUACCAGUGUUUGGAAGAAAAAAAAAUUGGUUUAUUCCUGUAUUUUAUUGCACUUUUUGAUUGACGCAUUUUGCUCCAUUACUUCCUACAAGAGUGUUUCUGUUUAGUUUGAACAAUGGUUGUCUUGUGGUGAGUAGAUACAACACUCUGAACUUGUUAGAACCUCACAUUUAACCUUCAUUGGCUGUAAUUUGUUAUUGCUUAAAGUGCCAAACAUGAUUGCUACGAAAUACAUGCUCUGAUAUCAUGGAACGCACCUUAUGUGAGGAUAAUCAUUGUAUAUGAUCUGCAGUUGUCCUAGACAACAUUUCACUUUGAGAUCUCCACUUUGCUGGUUUCAUAACAUAUGUAGUUUUAAGGGUGCAAAGAAAAUCACUGUUAAAGACUGAUUUGUAAGAAAAUAUGUUUGCAAUGCAUCCUUGAUACUUACAAGUAUUUUUGUAUGACACCCUAUGGGUUAGUUUUUUUUUUUUUACUAAAGAAAUGUUGAAAAAUA